UGCUUUGCUUUGCUUUGAAAGAAGUAUGGAAACCAAAUAAUUAAAAAAGAAAAAGAAAAGGAAACGACGUGAUUUCUUGUAGUAGAAAAGAAAUAAACCAAAUCGUGGUGUGUGUUUGGUACUGAGGUUGAGUCUCGUGUGUGUACAAAUACCUGUGUCUCUCUAGUGUUCACUAUCUCCUCUCAAGUCCUAAGUAGCUAAACACUUGUCUCUUGCGCCUCCCCCUCAAAUCUCCCUCUCCCUCUCUCUUUGUCCAGAUCCAAAACCUUAUUUAAUCAAAGCUAUGACGAUUACUAUUGUCUCCGUCAAGGCAAGGCAGAUCUUCGACAGCCGUGGCAAUCCAACCGUCGAGGCUGAUGUGACAACAUCCGAUGGCGUUUUGUCAAGAGCUGCCGUUCCUAGCGGUGCAUCCACUGGCGUUUACGAGGCCCUUGAACUUAGGGAUGGAGGCUCAGAUUAUCUUGGAAAGGGUGUUUCCAAGGCUGUUGGGAAUGUCAAUACAAUUAUUGGGCCUGCAUUGAUUGGCAAGGACCCAACUGAGCAGGUCGCUAUUGAUAACUUGAUGGUUCAACAACUUGAUGGAACUGUAAAUGAGUGGGGCUGGUGCAAACAAAAGCUUGGAGCAAAUGCCAUCUUGGCAGUUUCUCUUGCUGUUUGCAAAGCUGGGGCCCAUGCCAAGGGUAUACCCCUUUAUAAGCACAUUGCCAACCUUGCUGGUAACAAGAACUUGGUGCUGCCAGUUCCUGCUUUCAAUGUCAUCAACGGUGGAUCACAUGCCGGAAAUAAACUUGCUAUGCAGGAGUUCAUGAUUCUUCCAACGGGAGCUUCCUCUUUCAAAGAGGCCAUGAAGAUGGGAGCUGAAGUAUACCAUCAUUUGAAGUCCGUGAUUAAGAAGAAGUACGGUCAGGAUGCAACAAAUGUUGGUGAUGAAGGUGGUUUUGCUCCCAACAUUCAGGAUAACCAGGAAGGACUUGAAUUGCUCAAGACUGCCAUUGCUAAAGCUGGUUACACAGGCAAAGUGGUUAUUGGAAUGGAUGUUGCUGCCUCUGAAUUUUAUGGAGCAGAUAAAACAUAUGACCUUAACUUCAAAGAAGAGAACAAUGAUGGUUCAAAAAAGAUCACAGGUGAUGCUCUCAAGGACCUCUACAAGUCUUUCGUGUCCGAGUACCCUAUUGUAUCGAUUGAAGAUCCAUUUGACCAAGAUGACUGGGAACACUAUGCAAAGUUAACUGCUGAAAUCGGAGAGAAAGUACAAAUUGUGGGAGAUGAUCUCUUGGUCACCAAUCCCAAGAGGGUUGAGAAGGCUAUCAAAGAGAAAGCUUGUAAUGCCCUCCUCCUCAAGGUUAAUCAAAUUGGAUCUGUUACUGAGAGCAUUGAAGCUGUAAAGAUGUCCAAGCAAGCUGGAUGGGGAGUGAUGGCCAGCCACCGCAGUGGUGAAACAGAGGAUACUUUCAUUGCUGAUUUGUCAGUGGGUUUGGCCACGGGCCAAAUAAAGACUGGAGCACCUUGCAGGUCCGAGCGGCUUGCUAAAUAUAACCAGAUCUUGCGAAUUGAGGAAGAGCUUGGCGCAGAAGCGGUCUAUGCCGGAGCAAACUUCAGGAGACCUGUCGAACCCUAUUAGAACCAGAGAAGUACUGAUGAUUCUACUGCUGGAUCUGAGCGUUGUUACUCCGUAUGCAGUGAAUAAGUUAAUGGAGAACGGGUUAUACACCCUGAGACUUUUUAAAAUAAUUUUCUGAAGAGUUUUGUUCUGAGAUUGGAACAGUGUUUUAUCGAGAAGAUUUUUCAAGUGGAAUUACUCUUUUUACCAUAA